AUAGAGCCUAGUCUCGUCAGCAAUACACACUUUUAGAUAUUGUGAUCUCCUUGUGUCUUGUACUCUAACUCUUUUUUAGUUUUUUAAUCAUGCCGGUAGUAAGCAUACAAAGUGCUGAGGGUAAGAUGACCCACAAGGCUUCAUACAAGCGGAGGAGCAACCAGAACUCUGAGAUCAAGCAACUGGAGUCUUUACUCCCUUGGUCUCAAAAAGGCUCGAGCAUUGAUAAAAUAUCCGUGCUGAGGCUGACCUCUGCUUAUUUAAGAUUCAAGAACUUCUGGCAGUCAGCUUUUGAAUCAUCCGAUCAUAACAGUAAAGCAGGUGCUGGAUUUGAUCGGCUCUUUUCUGAGGCACUGGAUGGGUUCUUAUUGAUACUGUCAUCAGAUAGUGAGAUUGUCUUUGUGUCUGAGGGUAUAUCAGAGUCUGUUGGACUCAGCCAGCAGGAGGUUAUUGGUCUCUCAAUUUAUGAAUUAUCUCAUGAAGAUGAUGUACCCGCCAUCAAGGACUGCCUCAAACCUGACGGUUCUUUACAGCUCCAGCAGUCACGUCACUUCUACAUGAGAUUCAAGACAUCAAUUGCUCCGGUCAAGAAGCAACUAUCAAAAUUUGGUGGGACAGUGAUGAUGCAAGUCUCUGGUAGAUUGAAGCUCUCACGCAAUAGAGGAGGAGGAGGGGGGGAGCCUCUUGUGAUUGGACUAGUUGCUGAGUGUCGUCGGAUUGAGUCGUCUUCCUCAAUACUUGAACUGAAGGUCUCGCAGACUUUGUUCACUAGCACAACCACAAUGGACUUGAAGAUACUCAACAUUGACACCAAAAUGAAGACAGUGACUGGAUUCAAUAGUGACAUUGAAGGCUCAGUCCUCACUAAUUUCUUUCACCCUGCUGACAACCGUCGCUCCAUUCACUGCCUUAAAACCUUGUUAAUCACAGGACAGGCAGUUAGUCCCAUCAUUAGGUUCAUGACUCACACUGGUGAAUGGGUAUGGGUCCAGAUUGAAGGACUCGUCAGAUAUGAACAAGAUAACCGCACACCGAAAUACCUCGAGGCUACCUUCAAAGUGGUUUGUGCUUCUGACAAGUCUGUGAAAAUGAUAGAGCAGAAGGAGCUUUAUGGUAAAUGUAGUGAGCCAACAGAAGGGAAUGGUAUUCAUGCUGACAGUCGUUUCGAUAUUCCUGCUACACCAAAAGUCACAAGUCCCGAGGCAGUUGUCAAAUCAAUAGAAGACACUAAUGUAUCAGUGGCAGUACGUGAUGUGUUGCUCCAUGGUAGGGAGACAGCACUUUCUGCUAUCCCCCUCAGUCUUCAGCGUUUAGCAACCUGGCCUGAGGUGAGGGAUGCUGUCGUUGAAUAUGAGACAUCGCAAGGUUUGCCUCCAAAUUAUAAUCCGCCUUUUCCCCAGCCUGACCCCAUGACGUCACUCAUCGCUGCCAAUCAAUCAGGCUCCUCUUAUAGCUCUCCUAAACCUUCCCCUCUCUCUGAUAUCACUCCUUCUGAGUCCUCUGUCUCCUCUCCUUCCUCUAUCAUUAAUCCAGCCCCUCCUCCUGGUGAUGUUACUACUGGACACUCUUCUCCUGAUUUUGAUGUUGAGUCGGCUUCACUUCAAGCAGUUGAGUCUCUUGUCCACACUCCUCCUUCAGCUCAGCCAAGUGGAGUAGGCUCUUCUCCUUUAUCUGCCUACUCACCAUCAUCAUCAUCACUAGGUAUAUCAUACUCCCCUUCUCAAUCUAAUGGAGGAAUGCAAUCUCCCAUCAAUGAAAUAUAUACUCCUCCAACUGUAGCUGCUAAUGGGACAUAUUUACCACCCACAGUGCCUUUUACUGGAGCAUACUCACCAUCCAAUUUGCCUUCUACCGGAGCUUAUUCACCAUCUACUAUGCCUGCUUAUUCACCAUCUACUAUGCCUGCUUAUUCACCAUCUACUAUGCCUGCUUAUUCACCAUCUACUAUGUCUUCCAUUGGAGCAUAUUCAUCAUCCUCAGUACCUCUUACUGGAGCGUAUUCACCAUCCAAUAUGUCUUCCACUUCUACAAUGCCUGCGUAUUCACCGUCUCAUGCUGGAGGCUAUCCUCCUUCAGUUCCAAUGACUGGUGGCCCUCCUUUGAUGGGUGGUGUUUAUUCUCCUCCUACAACUAGUCCAUAUUCAUCUUCUCUUCCUGUAGCUAACAAGCAAUACCCUUUCCCUGGCUUACCUACUAAUCCUCAGCAACCAUUCCCUCAAAUGAAUGGCUGCAAUAGUGCAGUGCCUCCAUUACAUCACGAGUACCACGGUGGCACUAAUCUCCCCAUGGACUAUAUCCCUCCAUUAGGAUACAAUCAACCUCAGCCUCCAACACUCAGUCAUAUACCGUACUCUACUGGUCCUUCUCUCUCUAAUCCUUAUGGUGCUGUCAUCAAUGGUUCCUUUGAAGUCAGUGUACCCCCUCCACACGUACUCUCCUUCUAUAAUGAUGGUGUCCCCAAUGGGAGCAGUAAUCAGUAUAAUUUGGCUUCUCAUAUUAGCAAUAAUUAUUAGCAACUAACAGUGUGUCUUUGUGUGUAUUGAUGGUCGACUCCCUCCCUUCUUCCUUCCCUUUUUGUAUUAUUUUUAUUAAUUUGUUAAUUAUGAAUUUCUUUUGAAAAAAUUAAGAACUGUAACAAUGACAAUAAUAAUAAUGAUAAUUGAGUACAACAAUAAUGAUAUUUUUUACAUGACUUAUUAAUAAUAAUAAGUUUAUACAGAUUGAGUCAUUGAAGAGUAACGUGAUGGAAAUACUGAAAGCUAGUGAGAGAGAGAGAGAGAGGGAGAAGAAAAGGGUAGGCAUAUAAACUGGUACAGGAUGAGAGGGAAGACAGGAGUCUAUUGGUACAGGUGUAUGCUUUUUGUU